CCGAGAGUGCACGGCCAACACCAGUCGAGAAACCAGCUGGGACUCGGGUCCGACGACUGGAGCGCCUCUAUACAGUAUUCGGAGCGAAUUCGUGCGAGUCAGAUCGAGAGUCGGAGCCAGUGUAUCGCAAGUGCGCACACUUGGAAGAGUUUCGCCAGCUCUGGUUGGAGUGAUACCGAGAAAUACGACGAAAUUUGUUUCGCGUCGCGCAACAAUUAACAUCGCAGUGUGUUUUGCGGCGGUGUCAAGUGCCGCGAAACGAUGAUUUCCGCGCCUUAAAACGAUCGUUCUCUCUCUCUCUCGUGUUUAAGUGUGUUGAGGGACACAGGGAAGGUGUACAGGAAGGCAAAGUACGCGUUUGCCUUUGAUUCUACAUAUUUCGACGUACGACAGUUCGAUCGGGAAACAUGUAUUCCGACGGUCACGAGGUGGACGGCAGCUGGGUGCUGCGUGUCUACGUGACCGAUCUUUCAGUGGAGAGAAGCUUACGAGUAAAAGGAGAAUUGCACAUCGGCGGUGUCAUGCUUCGACUAGUGGAAGAUCUCGACAUCGCCAUAGACUGGUCCGAUCACGCGCUAUGGUGGCCAGAGAGGAAUCACUGGCUGACCAGAACGAAGAGCACCCUCGAUCAGUAUGGCGUCGCGGCGGACGCGCUCCUCCACUUCACGCCUAUGCACAAGACACUCAGAGUGCAACUUCCUGAUACGCGCUUCCUCGACUGCAAGGUGGACUUCUCCGUCAAGACCUUCAACGCGGUGAUCAAUCUAUGCAAAGAACUGGGCAUCAGACAUCCCGAGGAAUUGUCGUUCUGCAAACCGCUCGAGCCGAACCACCUGAAAUACAAUCUAAAAGACCUGCCGGUGAAGAAGAAGAUCGAGCACCAGAAGAACGGCCAUUGGAACGUUCCGGCAGACACGAACACGUUCAUUCCAGUCAGUCAGAGUCCGAGGGGAUCCACGGGCAGCCUGGAUCAGAGCAGUCCUUUCAUGUGCGCGCCGGUCACACCCAACAACAGAAAUCACAGCACACCGAUCAGCUCUCCUGUCACGACCGGUACGUGGAAGAGGAACAACAAUUCGUCGGGAUUCGGUAGCAGCGGUUCCUUCAACGCGAACAACAGCACGAUGAGUUUAGAAGCGUUGAACGGAGGAUUGUCGGAGUCGUUGGCACAGAGUCCGACCACCAUUUCUCCGGAGAUCAGAGCAAAAUUGAUCAGGCCGAAGAACCUCGUGGAACGAGCCAGGAUGAACGUAGCGUGGCUGGACUCUUCUCUAUCCAUCAUGGAGCAAGGAAUCCGCGAAUACGACACCCUCAGGCUGAAGUUCAAGUUCUACUCGUUCUACGACCUGAACCCGAAAACCGACGCUGUCAGGAUCAACAUGAUUUACGAGCAGGCCAAGUGGCAGCUGUUGGCCGAAGAGAUCGACUGCACCGAGGAGGAGAUGCUGAUGUUCGCCGCGUUACAGGUGCAAGUGAAUCUUCAGGCGAACGUGCCGCAGCCGAGUUACGACAGCAACGGCGCCUCCUCGCCGGUCGAGGACGACAUUGACGCAGCCUUGACGGAUCUCCAGGUGACCCUGGAGGGCAGCAACAUCAGUAACGGGCCCAGCGACAUCACUCAGGUGCCGGAGCUCUGCGACUACCUGCGAUUCUUGAAGCCGAAGCGUUUCACCCUGAAGGCGUUCAAACGCUACUGGGUCACGUGCAGGGACCUUCAGCUGAGGCUGUACAAGAGCCGGGAGGAGACGAACAGCACCGAGUCACCUGCCCACGUGAUCAAUUUGCGUGGAUGCGAGGUCACGCCAGAUGUCCAUCUCUCGCAAGGUCGCUACGGGAUCAGACUGGAGGUGCCCAGCGCCGAGGGCAUGACCGAGAUGUGGAUCAGAUGCGACAAUGAACAGCAGUACGCGAAAUGGAUGGCAGCGUGUAGAUUGGCAGCGAAGGGACGCUCCCUUGCUGAUGCCUCUUACGAAAGCGAAGUGAACAGUAUCACUGCCUUCCUGCAACUCCAAAGGCCUGCUCCUGCGCCCGCGAUCAAUCCAAACGCUCUGGAUAUCGCCCCUGACGACUACGUUGCGCCUAGAUUCGUGAAGAAAUUCAAAGGAAAGCUGGUUCAAAGGAUUCUCGAAGCACACGCGAAUGUCAAGGAUCUUCCUUUGGUAGAAGCUAAACUGAACUAUAUCAAAGCGUGGCAGUCGCUUCCCGAAUAUGGAAUCUCCUUGUUCGUAGUCAGAUUCACUGGAAAGAGCAAGGACGAGCUGCUGGGCAUUGCUAAUAAUAGGCUGAUGCGGAUGGAGCUGCACAGCGGCGAUCACUUGAAGACUUGGAGAUACAACACGAUGAAAGCGUGGAACGUGAACUGGGAGGUGAAACACAUGAUGGUCCAGUUCGAGAAAGAGAGCAUCAUCUUCGAGUGCCAGUCUGCGGAUUGUAAAGUGGUUCACGAGUUUAUCGGAGGGUACAUCUUCCUGUCGAUGCGGUCCAAAGAGGCGAAUCAAACGUUGAACGAGGAGAUGUUCCACAAGCUGACCGGUGGAUGGGUUUAAAAAAAUUUACGCGACGUUUGCGAAGAUAAGUUUCGUUUGAAAAAUUAAAAGAGCCUCGUAACACUCGAGACGAAGUGUUGGUAAAUCGUUCUCUGAUCUGCGAAAGGACACGCGAGACACCGUUGGUUGACAUUUGUAAAAAAUACUUAAAUCUACAGUUAGACGUUUUAUUAUAUAGUAUUUGUAAAUAGAAGAGUCGUCUGUGUACAAGUGCCGCGCUCGGUGGAGGGCGCAAAACUUUGUUUCGCCUAGGUAAAUUUCGAUGGUCGAUUGGUCGCGGUUCGCCGCGAGAUUAGAAAAAAUGUACGGUGAAGUGUUCGUUUUGUACAUGAUCGCGAGCACAGCGCGAUUUUCAUUGAGGAAAGUCACGUAAUAGAUAUUACGAGGAUAAUGUAUUUUAUAACGGUGAGAGACACGCACAAGAAAAAUAAACCGCGCCCUUUUCUACACGCGCGACGCCGUUGAUUAAGGUCAUGAACGAAUUAAUAUUUUUACAGCGAUAAGAAAGCAUGUUAUUCGAGCUGCCCUCUAGACUCAACCUCAUUAGAAUAAUAUUCUUGAUAAUUCUUUUCGAUCCACCGGGUCUAUCUCCCUUCAGCAAAAAAAAAAA